AUGAUUGAGCAACAACAACAACCUAUAGCUAUUCCACGUUUUGAAUCAUCAAGAGACUACAAUCAAAUAAAGAUUGUAAUAUCUUUGUAUUUUAUAAAUGAGACAGAUUUCACUUUAGUUGGUUCUACUCAGCGAGUCACUUUUUUCAUACAAUCAGAAGUACAAACAUCAGAAUAUAAGAUUGUCGGACAAAAUUUUGUAUGUUCCUAUGUAAAGCCGAGUGACCACAACACUUUUCUCUAUACCUGCUCGGGAACAUUGAAUUUAUCAUACAGCCCAACAAGCCAAAGCAUUUUGAUCGAUCUCUACAAUGGACGGUCCAAUUUUAAACGUCUAUUCGGAUUCAAUAUACAAGAACCACCUACUUUUCAAAUGGUUUCAACCAAACCAUAUGUUAUGAGAUAUCCAAACUCCAAUCAUCUUACCGUUUAUAUUGAAACAAAUUAUGUUGACAAAGCAUAUCCUGUAAAAUUUAAUUUACUUUCCAUGAAUAAUUGUUACUUUGCCAGUCCACUGAUGAAUAGACUGCCAGGUCGAGAUGGUAUAUACUAUGUUGAUAUUACACCAAGCUUAAAUGGUCUCUCUUCUUGUUCAAACUAUAGUACGUCCAACAUUGAAAUGUCAUUUUCCGGAUAUGACAAUAGUGGUCUUUUCACCUACGAUAAUCAGUUGACAUUCUAUCCUAAAUACAAGAUUGUUCUGACUGGCUAUCUUACCAACCCUGUACUUGCUGCAACUUUCGACAAUUCAUACGUCUAUUGGUAUGCUAAUGCAACAAAUAUGGGACCAAAUAUGACAGUUUCCUAUCAGCCCAAUACAACUCCAUAUCUAUUGUCAAACAACAAGCUUGUAAAUGGAAACUAUCAGAGUGGUACGUUACUGGCCAUUCACUAUCCAGAUAAAGUCAACUCUGUCACCACUGUAUCAUAUUCAUAUCUUGACACCGCAGACUCUUCUGCCAAUUUUUUUAUAAGAAAUUACACCAUUUCUCCAGGUGGAGGAAAUCCUCCUCAAGAAUUAAAUAGAUCAUCUGUAGAAUUUUUAGAGUUUGUUAGAUUCUCUCCAUCUAUACUCUUGGUUAGAAUUGGUGUUAUUGAACAAAGUGGUUGUUUAUUCAUUUCCUUUUCCAAUGGUGUUCAUAUGGAUGCAGGAAAUUUAGUAGAUGGUGAUAUUACAGAUGGUGUUUAUGAGAAGCUUGUCAACUAUAAUUCACUUUCCGAUUCAGUUUAUACUCUAAGUAUUACUGAUACCAAUCUAAACAUUGUUCAAUUCCAAAGUGGGAUUGAUUUUACAAAUGAUCAAAACUUAUUUCCAAGUUUUCCUUCCAUUUAUGGAGAUAAUGUUUAUAUAAAUAAUAUAACAAUGUUUGAAAUGGAAAAUAAUUUGGUUAAUACAGAUAGCUAUAAAACCAAUAUGUUAAGAUUCAAUCUCAGUAAUUCUAAUCCAAAUAUUGAACCAUUCAUAAUUUUGGACUUUAGUUAUUUCGAAUACGAAAAAAACACAAAGGUUUUCAAAGGAAUUUGGAAUUCAACAGAGAAAUACUAUCAAGUGUUUAUCAAUCUCACUCAAAUCAAUAUGGCACCACGUGAAAUCAUCAUUAGACUACCGCUUUCAUAUUAUGUUAGUUCGACAGACAUCUCUUUAUUCAACUUUAAAUCAUUUUCUGUGGUAUCUACUAACUGUGAUCAUAUGCCACCAAUGAUCACAAGAGUAGAAUUGAUAUCACCGAAUCCUGUUGAAAUAACAAUGCAAGGUUUGAUUACAGUCGGUUGGUACGUGACCAUUGAAGAUUCACCAAAUGGCUUUGAUCAUGGAACUUUUAUCAUUCAAGGUAGCAAGAAUAAAUAUCAAACCAACAUUACUAUUGACAAAAGCAACUUGGUUCAAGGUACCACCAAUAAAUACCAAGUUGCUUUCAUGGCUAGCUCAGACAUGUAUAUAACUCAGGACUAUACAUUGAACUAUGUAGAGCUAUAUGAUACUGGUGGAAACUAUGCAACCAACAUACCAGGUAGUAGUCCACCCCUAUACAAUCCUUUCAUGUUGAACGAUACUUCUACUACAUUUAAAAUAAUAUUUCUAAAUCCUUCGUUACCAAUUGUAUAUGAUCAACCAGAGAUAUUGGAGCUUGAUUUCUUCCCAAAGGUUAUUGAUGUUGGAGAGGUAGAUCCAUCAAAAAGAACUUUGAAUAUCACAUGUUUUGUAAGGAUUAAUAAUACAAGACUUUCAUCAUCUCAAACACCAGUUGUAAUAUCACAACAAGUAUUGGGUCAAUCAUUGUAUAUUCCAUUAAACUAUAUAUAUGUACCACCAAACAAUACAUUCGUUAGAUUUAAACAGUCAUAUAUAUUCCCAUAUGGAUUCUCAGCUCCUUCAACAAGAACUCUUUAUAUUAAUAAUAUAUGCACAAUAAUGCUGAAUUGUACUUCAAAAUCAAUGGGAUCACUUCAAAUACUCUAUUCAAACUUACCAAGAUUAGAAUCAUAUACACCUUUUAAUGAUACAGUUGUGGAGGUAUCUGUUUUUGGUCAAAAGCUAGGAUCCAGCUUGUCAAACUUUAAUGGAUACAUCUCUUAUGAUAAUGGACAGUUUAAACCAUUCAACGUUACAUUCUUUAGUGGUGUUGUUUUUUCAUUCAUUAUUCAACCAGCCAAAUCAGCCAAGAUCAUUGUAAAGAGUAAGGCAGGCUACUCAAAUAUAUUGUACCUUGCAGGUGAAAAUGUACCUACUCCAACAUCGAAACCAGAGUCUUGUGUUGAUCCAAUUUGCGGAGGAAAUGGAGUAUGUGUAGAUGGAAUGUGUCAAUGUAAUGCAUUCUAUAGUGGUCCUGAUUGUACUUCCAAAUUUAUUCCACAACCACCACCAAACGUCGAUCCAAAUACACCAACUACUACAAUCACGAACAGCUCUGAUAUCCUCUUUAGCAGCAUAAUCAAAAUCGAAUAUCUAAAUGAAAUUCAACCAGACGGUCAGAUUUUCAAACAAUAUAAAAUGGAUAAUUGGAAAAUGGUACAGGUACAAUCUGGUAACUUGACAUCAGACAAAUACCGUCAAUACAACUAUACCUCGACAAUCGAAAACAUCGGUACCAACAUUACUGUAGUUGUCCAAUGGUUUGGUGAAGAAAGUAGUGUUCAAUUUGCUGGUAUAAAUAAUACGAUGACACCAGGUACCCUAAAAUAUAGUAUAGUUUUGAACGAAUACCCAUUUGAUACACCUCUCAACUACAUGCAGAUUGUCAUUGAUAUUCAAGUGGUGGAGAUGAAUCAAGAUGGAUGCAUUGAAAAAGUGACAUCACCAAAGACAAGCGAUAUUCGUUGGGUGAAGAUCAGAGUGAACGAUCAGAGCCUCUAUUGCCAAUUCCUAAAUAGAGCAAUGAUUGAUUCGAGACCAACGAUUAUCAGUAACAAAUUGUUGGACGACACAAACAAUACAAUACUCAGCAGUAAAGUUGGCAUGAACAUUCCAUUUUAUACUCAACUAGCUAUCAUUGAUCCUGACUUUAGUGUGAUAGUAGAGACCGAUGUUGAUAAUAGCAAUGCACAAUGUCCAGGCACACAAAGCAACACAAAAUGGAAGAUCAUAGUGGGAAGUGUAAUUGGAGGUAUAGUUGGUGUUGCACUAGUCAUUGGUUUAUCAAUCUACCUUUUCAAUCGAAAGAAAAUAAGAGCAGAGGAUAAACGAAUUUCAAAUAAACUGAAAGAAAUCAAAAAAUAA